GUUUUGCUGAGAACAGUGGUGAGUCUAGGAUUUUUACGCAAUAUCCGUCUCAGCUGCUUUAUUUAGUUGAGGCUCUGGCAACAUACCUACUUACCGGACCACUAGAUAUGUGUGGUUUCUUAAAAGAGGCCACAGCCCCCGGUUCUGCCUGUUCCAUGUUUAUGUUUACGGAGCACAUCCAUAUCAUCGUUCAGCCUUGUCGUUAAUACUUUGAUAUCCAAGUUACUCAGCGCACAACUUCCACCAGCAUUACACUUCAAGGCAAGCAUAUUGCAUGCACAAAUCCUCAAAGUUUGAGAACUACUGCAACCCCAAAUCUGGUGAAUUCCAGAUGAUCUGGUCCCUAAACACCGCAUAUCAUGGCGCCAGGUAUAAGGAGCGGUGGUGGAGAGUACAACCUGAACAUCAUUGGGGCGUCUCUGAGGAGUGGCACUGUCACCGAACGAAAAGAUGCGCUUGAUAACCUUUUGUUCUACUUUAACAAAGUUGAGAAGAGGUCACAAAAUCCAAACCAGAAACCUCUUACCGACAAGGAGUACCACAGCCUCCUUGAGGCCCUGUUCUCAUGUACAUUGCUAGAGAAGCAGAGCUACUUCAGUGUCAGGAAAAACUCCAAAGCCACGUCUAGUGCUAGACUAGAGAAAUGCGCCGAGGCAUUGAAAGUAGUCGUUUCUCAUGGAGCAGUCAAGCUAAAACGCAAAACGGCAAGGGCCAUCGUCGACCACAUCACCCAAGUUCUUCCCGGGCCUGACGAAGACUUUGUUGAACCGCUUGUUCAGAAUUAUACCAAAGCCUUUCUAGCCCUUCUCGACCACCCGGAAAAUGUCGAGAACUUCGCGGUCAUGGGCGGCGACCUGUGGUUGUCAUGUGUCGACUUCUGCCUCCUAGCGGUGUCGCGUUUCUUGGAGAAGGGCGACCGGACAUCGGGGACCAUAUCCCGUGCAUCCCCGGCUCCAGGAAGCGGUCAGACAAUGUCAUUAGCAUACUCUACAGGUCGAUCCGGGUCAAGCUCAGUGCACCGAAACCCUCGUUAUGUUGGGAGCCAGGGGGCGGAAAAUUACCUGACAGCUCUCAAUCUUCUGCUGUCUGCACCCCACGCGCCACUUCAGCAACGAGCCCAAGAAGUCUCAAACAUCUCCCUCCAGGUCCUGCAAGCCCACCACGCGAAGUUGAACACCAUACACCAGGUCGCCUUUGCCACGAUCAAUAGUGUCUUCUCGUACAUCCAAGCGGAUAAUGUGCUCCUGGCAAAAGGCUUGACCAGAGAACUUGUCCCCCUGAUUACCUACUGGUGGCCUCCGCGAGCCCUUCUGAGGGAUGCAAUGUCAAACGCUGUCCGGGACGAAAUCCUCAAGACCUUAUACGGCAUCCACCUGUUCCUUGAAAGUCUGAUGCAAGAAUCAUCGGAAGAUACCCUCCUGCAAGAACUGGAAGACCUGCUGGAUGCGCUGUGGUCCGAAUACUCCAAACGUGAAGACCGAGCCCGCCUGCAGCUUGACGACCUGACCUUCACAUCAAUGAGCCUCCCCGCAGAUCACCCGAGGACCAACAUCUUCAGCAUGCGGCCAUAUAACCAGACAGCUGAGCAGAACUGGGCGCUUCUGGAGAGCCUUUCCAUCUUAGAGGCCCUGUACUCGCGCAACGUCAAGAGAAAUCGGGCCCCGCACCCUACAGAGGAUGAACAGCCGCGCAAAAAACGGCGAAUGGCUCGCGAGCCCAGCAGGAUGCUACAGAAGCUGACUUCGCCUGAUCUCGGGGUCCGUCUCACAGCACUGCAAUUGAUACCCUUUCUCUUCCAGCAACAGCAGCAGCUCUCAGUCGACGAAGUAACAGAGUUCCUAGAAGCUCUCUUGGGCCUGAUCAGUGAUAAGCAGGGAGUAGUUGCCUCCUGGGCGAUGCUUGCCUGUUCAAGCUUUGCAACUAUUGAGUCGGGGCGUGAUGACGCCCUUUCGGGCCUGUGGAAACAGGCCUGGCAGAUUGGCGUCAGGUCUGUGAGCCUCCCAGCGACAAGCCGUGCCGCGUGCGCCUUGUUGCACUCUGUACUGGAGUCGGACCUCAUAGCGAAGCAUGAAAUGGUGGACGAGAUCAACGUCUUGGUUACCAACUCGGACAUCAGCGGGCCUGCUGUUCUUGUCGAUGCGUCCCUUGUAUUGAUGCUCCAUUUACUCUGUGUCAGAAACAUGAUCCUUCCGAAUGCCAGUCAGGCAACCAGUAAUUACAUCAUCCGUUGGGUUUUUGUAAAAUGGAAUCCCGCGGAGCUGAUCUAUGCGUCUCUCCAUUCCCAUCUCGCUCCCCCAUUCGACUUUGUCAACCUCCUGCGAGCAUGUUGCGGGAUGCCGGUCAUGAAAACGAGUGAACCAGCUCAGGUUUUCGGCGGAACGAUGGGCCAGUUCUGGAAGAAGCACAAGGAGCACCAUGCAAUGCUGCGGUACCUUCUCCUUCUCGAUGAUACCACCCAUGGCGGCGACCCCAGUAUCUCUUACCAGUGUGCUCUCGGACACGACUUGGGGCAAGUGUCGGAUCCCACAGGUUCGCACACGGCCAAAAGGUUGGUUCUCGAGCUGUUCUUCCCCAAAGUCGGGGAGCUUGUCCAGAUGUCGGAAUCAUGGAUAAAGCGUGGAGGAGAGAUCGCCAACCCAGUCUCCACAGAACGUCUUCAGAGCGUCGUUCUCUCUUGUUUGAUUGGCGUUCAGCUUCUUCCAGAGCUGAUAGGGCUCAACACGACAAUGUCGAGGGACAUUGAACCGCUGGUCUUUGGCCUGGUCGAUACUACGCUCCAGGCGGUCUUGGACGCCCAGCAAAACGAGGGCUACUUUGAGAUAUUCCUCGCUGCGGUAUCCCCAUACAUACCUCAGUUUACCACGGCGGAGUUGAGGUCUCUGAAGGACCAGAACGGUCCCCUAUUAGGCCUCUUCGCGAAGCUUUCGGAGACACUGCAAGAGAAAACACGGAGGGAGUCAUCUGGCCAACAUGUCGAUGUCAUGGAUGUGGACGACGACUUCCUGGAAUCCCAGGCGAGCCAGAAAAGCUCGACAUCGAAACCCCUGGGUUUACCAAGGCGAGACGUGUAUCUGAGCCACACGCCGGAAGCCUUCUAUCUGCAAGCGGGACUCCGCUUACGUCUGCUUGCCAUCAUUCAUACGGAUGACGGCCAAGUCGGUCUGGUGCCCGAGAACUUCUUGGAUGACCUUUUUGCUCUUCCUAUGGAACAGAUCCUCUGCUGCCGCCUGCUGAUGCAACAGCUCUUCACCUCAGACCUGAUCACAGCUCCGGAUGGCGCCACGAGGAUCGUCGAGACUGUUGGAUCAGUGAUCGGUCUGAAGGACUUCUCAUACUGCGAGGUGGCGCUAUGCACAGCCAUAGAGGUCAUGCAGGGCUUCAUCAGCCUCUGGACGGAUGACAGGCUGGACAUCUCAGCAAUGGUUGGCGAUUUGUACAACUAUUUUGUCAAGUAUGCCUUGCCCCAAAGCGAACUCUCGCCCGCAGUCCAAAGAGCAUUGUCUAGGCUUCUGUUUCACCUCCUCGAAGUAAGCCCGACUUACGCGUCAGGCCUUGAUCUCCCCUCCUGCCGCUCCACGCUGCUCUCCAUCUUGCACGACGGGCCUAUGCAGGUCAAAUACUUCAUUGGGAAAAAUUUGCCCAAGAUAUUUAGCUUAUAUGUUCUGAAGACCCACGAUGACAUCUUUGUCGAUAUCUUGCAAAGCCUCCCAGCAGAUCCAGAGGCCACCGAGGGCAUUGCCUUCCGGCUCUUCACCCUGGCAGAGCUUGCAUGCAGUUGGUCUACAUUACUUCGGCGAUGCAUAUAUCAUAUCUUUGAGACGCCUGGAAGGAUAAAUCAGUCAGCCAAAUACGCCGCGAGCUGCGUCAGGACAAUCUCUACAUCCCUGGAGCUCGACACACCACAGGAGCUCUUCAAGCUCUUUGCGCCGCAACUGUUGUACACCUGGCUGGACAAGGAUUCCAUCGAUGACAUACCGUUUGAGGUCUUCGGCUUUCCGAGCCUCCACCAUCUCCUUGUUCAGGCCCAGACGGAAGCUGCAGCGAUCAUGAUCAUGCGAGGCCAAGAACAGGAGGCGAUCAGCCUUGCGCAGGCACUCGGACUGACACCCGCAGCCAUGAUAAAGCAGAGCUUCACCAAGAUCAUGGCCUACAGCAUUGCCCAUGAUAUUAGCGCGCCUAGCUCAGGUCAGUAUGUAACUGGCGAGAGUCGCGUGAGAAAGAUUCUUGGGAAAGAGCCAUUCCUGGAGAGCGUAUAUCUCAAUUUCGUGGAUAUCGUGGCCACUUUCUUUGACAUUUUCGACCAGGAGGAUCCCAUCGAGAGACAUUUCCGUAAGGACGAGAACCUUUCGUACGCGGCCGAUAUCAUGGACGAAAUCAAGAAAUGUGGCCACUUGGGUGCUGGACUACCCCCUAAUCAGCAGCCUAUGUUCAAAGCAAAGUACUUGACAAGGCAACUGGCCCACCUCUGUGGUCGGACAGAGUAUGAGAUGCCCACUCUAUGGACGCCGUCUCUCGUCGUGUCCGUGGCACGGAGACUCCUGAACACUGUCCAUCCAUCUCUGGGACCUCUUCAUGCAUGCUCAGUCCUUCGAAAGAUCCGCGUUCUAAUCUGCCUGGCCGGGUCUCAAGCCCUCGCUUCAUAUCCGUUGGAGAUGCUUCUGCAUUCUAUCAGAUCCUUUAUCAAGGAUCCCGAGUGCGCGGAUGAUGCUCUCGGGCUGAGCAGGUACCUCAUCCACAACGGGGCCAACUACCUAAAACAGGCGCCCUCGUUCCUUGCGGGAUAUGCACUGUCCAGCUUGGCAGACCUCAGAGUGUUUAUGGAGUCCAGCCAGGCUAGUACGACGCAGGAGAGCCAAUUCAAGGCGACUAUGAGCAAGGCGCAGCUGUUCCACUCCUGGUUCGCGCAGUUCCUUGCCAGCUACGACUCCCCAGCCUUUAAAGACGAUGACCAGCGGGCCGGGUUCAAGGCCAUCACUCAAUCGGCGGCUCAUAUCCGCGCAUCUGGAAAUGCCGAGAAAGGGACCCCCGAGAGUAGCCUGCUGCUGGAUAUUCUGAGAGAUGGUGAACGAGAAAGCCAGCUGCUCAACCGGCCUGCGAGAGAAGUGGCCCUAGACAUGCUCUGUGGAGUCUUCACGAUCCCACAGUCGAGCAGGUUGGACGUGGUCGAAACCGACAACGACGCCUUGGCCCAUGGCGCCCUCGUCUGGAAAAGUUGCCGGUCCCAAAACCUCAGUGAUGAAUACCUGUCAUGGGCGGGUCGAGUCGUAGGCAGAUCAUUUGCGGCCUCGGGCGAAAUUCCUCUCGAUAUCCUCCGGGAGUCACACCUGGCCGAAUACCGCAAACUCACCUCGGAGAGCAGCGGGUCCGAACACGGCAUCCUGAACCUCAUCCAAGCCCUCACAGUCAGUAGUGACUGUUCCACGGCUGGCUUGGCGGAGUCUGCGCUUCGCACCAUCGUCUCCGACGCAGUCGCCGAGGGCGACAACGGCGUCCUUGUAGCAUGCCAAAAGUCCCUCUCGGAAGCAUUGCUUCUGACCUCCAAUUGGGAUCCCUAUAGGACUCCGCCAUCGGACUAUGCCGAGGUCGACAGCCCCAUCGAGACGGACCUCCUAGAUGCUAAACUGCUGGAUAACCCUGCCUGGCCACAACACGUGGCAAUAUACCUGGCACGGUCUGUCCAGGAUAUAGUCGUCCUGAGCGUCCUGCCCCCUAUUCUCGCCAAGGUCAAGGGGUUUGCCGAUCAAGCAUUUCCCUUUAUCCUUCACCUAGUCCUGUCGACGCAGCUAGACAAGCAGCAGGGGAUCAAGCGCCAACUCUCCGAGGCCCUCAAAGUAUGGCUACAGUCCACGUCGGCCUCGGCUAGAGAGAACAUCAAACUGCUGCUGAAUGCAAUACUGUAUCUGAGGACCCAGCCAUUCCCAAAUGAGUCUUCCAUUGCCGACCGGUCUCACUGGCUCGAUGUAAACUUCUCCACGGCAGCCGCAGCGGCUACAAGAUGCGGCAUGUACAAGGUAGCUCUAUUGUUUGCCGAGCUGGCCUUCGCAGAAACCAGCCGCACCUCUUCUCGUCGGUCAUCUGCAGUUCGAGAAGUGGAAGACUCGGCAGACAUGCUCUUAGGCAUCUUUGAGAACAUCGAUGAUCCCGAUGCCUAUUACGGGCAAAUCCAAGACGCAUCGCUGGCAACAGUUCUUGCUCGUCUCGAGUACGAAAAUGACGGCAACAAGAGCCUCGCAUUCCGGGGGGCCCAGUAUGACAGCCAUCUGCGGCGCCGAGAUUCUGCGGCAGGGCAGGAUGGUCAGCAGCUGGUCAAGGCCUUGAGCAGUCUCGGCCUCUCGGGGCUGUCACACUCCCUUCUCCAGGCCCAUCAGAGUCUGGACAGCUCUUCCACUUCUCUUGACAACACAUUUGGUUUGGCCCGGAGACUCGAGAUUUGGAAUCUUCCGGCACCGUCUGGUCCAGACAACAACUAUGCUGUCACCCUUUACAAGGCGUACCAGACCAUGUACAAGUCCGACAACGUAUCGGUCGUUCGCCAAGCCGUCCACGAUGGGCUCAGGCAGACAAUUGCCCACAUGGCUAGCCAGAGCCUCAGUGUUUCCAACCUCAGAGGCCAUCUGGGGACACUCGCAGCUCUCGCAGAACUCGACGAUGUCAUAAAUGUUACGGACAUGGCUGAGUUGGAAAGCAUGCUCGGCACUUUCGAAUCGCGAUCUAAAUGGAUGAUGAGUGGGAGAUAUGCCGAUGUGAGCCAGGUAUUGUCCUGCCGCGAGACCACCUUGAGCAUGCUCGGACAGCAGCACCGACUCCGAGCGUCAAGCGUAUCCCCGGCCCAGGCACGAUUGGUCCAGAUCCGCGGCAUGCUACUCUCAUCCGGCAUCUAUCGAUUCCAGCGGGCUACUCAGGAGUCGUUGAACUUGUCGACAUCUCUGACUGAUCUCAUCCAACCCAGCGAGGCCAUGGGCUUGAGCGUCGACGCCACCGUCAGGAUCGAGGCAGCAAACUCGCUCUGGGACCAUGGCGAGAUGAUUUCGUCGAUCCGGAUGCUCCAGAGCAUAGACAGGGAUUCGUCCCUGAAGAAACAAACGGUGCCCGUCAGUCGCUCUAAUCUCCUGUCCAAAAUCGGACAUCAGGUUUCGGUGGCCCGACUGGAAAGCCCAGAUAACAUCCAGAAGAAAUACCUCGAACCAGCCCUCAAGGAGCUGAAGGGUAAGAGCGAAGGGAAAGAGGCUGGGCACGUCUACCACCAGUUCGCCAUGUUCUGCGACGAACAGUUGCAGAGCACCGACGGGCUGGAGGACCUUUCACGGCUGCAGCAUCUGAAGAAGGGCAAGAGUGACGAAGUUGAGCAGCUCAAGAGCCUCAUCGCCGCAACCAGGGACUCGCAGCUCAGGAACAAGUACUCGAGCCAUCUCGCCAAAGCAAAGCAAUGGCUAGAUCUCGACCAGCAGGAGCUCCGAAGAGUCGAGCAGACCAGGAGGGAGUUUGUGAAGCUCAGCCUGGAAAACUAUCUCCUAUCACUGAUUGCCUCCGACGAGCAUAACAACGACGCCUUGCGGUUCACUGCCAUGUGGCUGGAGCGGUCCGGGGAGGAUGCGACGAAUGAUGCCGCCGAAAAAUAUCUAGAGAAGGUCCCGACUCGGAAAUUUGCGCCGUUGAUGAACCAGCUCUCAUCGCGACUCCAAAACCAGGAGAGCGUGUUCCAAAAGCUCCUCAUGGGCCUGGUAUAUCACAUCUGUGUGGACCACCCUUACCAUGGCAUGUAUCAGAUCUGGUCGGGCUGCAAGGCCCGGACAAACACCAAGGACGAAGUAGCCGUGUCUCGGCAGAAAGCGACGGAGAAGGUCGCAACGUCGCUCUCCAAGAACCGGGCCGUGGCCACGAUAUGGCACGCCAUUGAUCGGACGAGCAGGUACUACCACCAGCUCGCGAUGGACAGAGACCAGAGUCGAUACAAGGCAGGGCAGAAGAUGGCAAUCAAAGACUCACCAGCUGGGCAGGCUUUCCUCACUUCGCUUGCCAAGUAUGCCAUCCCGCCACCCACCCUACAAAUCGAGCUGUCAGCGAACAUGGACUACUCCCAUGUGCCGCUGAUCCAGAAAUUCGAGCCGUACAUGUCAAUCGCGUCGGGCGUCAGCGCCCCGAAAAUCAUAACCGCCAUCGGAAGCGACGGCGGGAGAUAUAAGCAGCUGGUCAAAGGGGGGAACGACGAUCUUCGACAAGACGCCAUCAUGGAACAGGUGUUUGCUGCCGUUUCGGAGCUCCUCAAGCUCCACAGGACAACCAGGCAACGGAACCUGGGCAUCAGGACUUACAAGGUGCUGCCCCUGACAUCGUCAUCCGGGCUGAUCGAGUUCGUCUCGAACACGAUCCCGCUGCACGAGUAUCUGAUGCCGGCGCACGAGAAAUACUUCCCAAAGGAUCUUAAGGGGUCACAGUGCAGGAAGGAGAUUUCAAACGUGCAGACCAAAUCGACCGAGACACGCGUCAACACGUAUAGGAAGGUGACGGAGAAGUUCCAUCCGGUGAUGCGGUAUUUCUUCAUGGAAUACUUCCCGGAUCCGGACGAAUGGUUCGUGAAGAGGACUGCCUACACGAGGAGCACCGCGGCAAUUUCCAUCCUGGGCCACGUGCUCGGCCUUGGGGAUCGCCACGGCCACAACAUCCUCCUCGACUCCGAGAACGGCGAGGUGGUCCACAUUGACCUGGGCGUGGCUUUCGAGAUGGGACGCAUCCUACCCGUGCCGGAGCUCGUCCCCUUCCGGAUGACGAGGGACAUUGUGGAUGGCAUGGGGAUCACCAAGACGGAGGGGGUCUUUAGGAGGUGCUGCGAGUUCACGCUGGACGCGCUGCGGGAGGAGAUGUACUCGAUCAUGACCAUCCUAGACGUCCUGCGCUAUGACCCCCUCUACUCAUGGUCCAUCUCGCCGCUCCGGAUGGCGAAGCUGCAGAACGCGCGAGGCACGGACGAUAACGACGUCAGCGGCGGCGGCGACGACCAGAGUGAGGCCGCCGUCAACAAGAAGACAGUCAACGAGCCGUCCGAGGCCGACCGUGCCCUCGAGGUGGUCCGGAAGAAGCUGUCCAAGACGCUGAGCGUCACCGCGACCGUCAACGACCUGAUCAACCAGGCGACGGACGAGAGGAAUCUCGCGGUCCUGUAUUCAGGUUGGGCCGCGUAUGCCUGAAGGCAGGUACUGAAGGCAAGUAGUGUAUAAAGGGAAGAGGGGAGCCUUUGGGUCUGUUUCCGAAGCGCCAUGUGUUGUCCCAUAUGGGCAGUCCCGACUCCCAAGUAGGGAGGCACAGAUCCUGGCCUUGAAGGGACCGGGAGGCAAGAGCAUCCGACGUAGGUAGAUACCUAUAGAGAAUAGCAGGGGAAUAAUAGCCGACUUUAUGUGUUCUUCAACCUUCUUCAACCAACAA